GCAAAAAAUGUGUUGUUUUUUUUUUUUGGGAUGUGAUUUCAGGGAGAUGAAUUCGAGGCGCAGAGCGAUGGCGUCGGAGGAGGAGAGCAAAAAGGCGAACCAGGCUCAGCGGGAGGCCGAGGCAGAGAGACGUCUGGCUGAGAAGGAACGGCAGGAGAGGACGGCCGAGUGUCUCAGCUGGAGGGAGAAACACCAGGAGUUAGCCGACAGCUUCAGAGCUCAGGAGGACAUGAAGGCCCUGAGGCAGAACAAAGCAUGUCAGGCCAACAUCAAGAGUUAUUUCCUCUGCAUGACAGAAAGCGAUCAACGGGUUAAAAUUCUCAAAAAUCAAGACGGGAACCCGAGAAAUUUUACGGAGGGAGACCCCGUGUUCAUCUCCACCCCCGAGUCCAGUCCUGAAGAGCCUGAGAGGAGUUCAUCAAGGACCAUGCUGAGGGUCUCGGCCCCCCACACGGGAAGGGACCAGGGCCCGAGUCACUUCGAUGAGCUGCCGGCCUUCGAAGGGGGCCGACCGGACUCGGCUCCUUCACGCAGGAGCAGGAAGGUGGUGGAUUACUUCUGGAUUCCUACAGACCAGGAAUAG